UGCCUCCCAAUCUCUGCCACUGCACCUGCGCCAACUAAUCCAUCCUCUUUUCCCUACCCAUUUCAUAGAAUGUCUCUGUGUUUUGGUCUGUCUAUGGGGCACAAUGGACGGCUAUCAUGAUCUCCCCGAAGUACCUCGUUCGGAGCCCGUUUUCCCUCCCUCAUCACAGGAGAUUCCUUCCUCUCCACCCUCAAUAGCCUCCGAUGUUGGCUUCAGACGCAAGCCCAGAAAGCCUCCUCCGGUCACCCCACGCUCAUUCAAGAGGUUCUUCACACCUCGGUCUAUGCUAAAUGGCGUCAAUAACAACAAUGCGAGCUCGGUCAGGACCAACCGCCAGGCACUCAAGACGCUCAGCUCCCCCGCUGUCAACCGCCUAGGUCCGGCCUUCACGAAGACCUUGAAGGCCAUUGAGCACACAUCUGAAUCCCCAGAGUUGAUACGGACCCCGAGCAAGAGAAGGAAGCUUUCCUUCUCCUCCAUUGGCUCUUCUCUACAAUCGUCACCCCUCAAAGAGGUCCAUGUCAGGGAGUCAAUUAAUUACGAUCAAGAAUUAGGCGCCCCGGUCCGAAAAAUCGAAUUAAAUGUGAGCAGCAUUCCGGAGCAUGAGCCUAAGGUCAGCACCUUCACCUCCAAACCUCCUCGACAGGUUCCUCCUGUUCGUCGGUCCAAGGCACUACAAACUUCGGGCGCGCUAUACAUGCGGAGUGUAAUGGAAAAUCGCGCGAAUCGAGUAACCAUGCGAGCAAACUCUGGGGCUGGCUGGCAGGAUAUGACCUCGAAUUUCUACUCCCGCCCAAGUGACAGCCACAACUGCGCGAGCGUUGCCGGAGACCGUUAUGUUCUCCCGUUCUGCACGGCAUCCUGCAAUACCAAUAGUCUUGUUGCUGUGGGUGACGAGGAAGGUGGUAUCAGAUUACUGGAUUCUGCCAAAGACGACAAGAGCGGGUUUUCGCAAGCAUACCUUACCUUCCGUCCACAUAUGAACUCAAUCAUGGACCUGGAAUUUUCAUCUGAUGAUCUACUACUCGCAACAGCCUCUGGCGACCAGACUGCGCUUGUUGUCGAUAUGACCACCCAAACUCCGGUUUAUUGUCUCUCGAACCACGUCUCCUCAGUCAAGCGAGUUCAAUUCCAGCCAGCGGCUAACAACAAGGUUCUGGCGACUUGCAGCAGAGACGGCAAUGUCAACAUUUGGGACCUUCGAUGCAAAGGUUUCGAUAAACCAUGCCUGCAAGUGCAGUGCUCGCUUGAGUCCGCGUCAGAGCCCACUACUUCCCCUAUCUCCUCAAAAACAACGUUUCCCCAGGUCAUGAACACUAUUCAUGGCGCGCAUGCUUGGAUGCCACAGACGCAUACAGUGCCAGGAUUAGAACCCCAAACUCGCCGCUCCGAUAUCACCGUGACUUCACUAGCCUUCCUUCCUCCCGGCCGCGAGAACCUAUUCGUCACUGCCUCCGAGGCCAACGCCUGCGUACGACUAUGGGAUCUGCGUACGACACAUCACAACCGUCGUAACCGGCCUGUCCUCCCUCUUUCUACCACUCGAGAACCCGAGAGCCACGCCAAGUACAGGCGCUUUGGUCUUACAUCGAUGACUUUCGGCGGAGACGGCUCCCGACUUUAUACCCUAUGCCGCGAUGGCACCGUUUAUACAUACUCAACCUCCCACCUAGUCCUUGGCAAUGCCCCAGAGCUUUCCCUCAACAACGACCGCCCACGCCGCUCGGGGGGCUCCGACAAGGAAGGCCUCGGUCCCCUCUACGGCUUCCGCCACCCUCGUCUGCAGGUUUCCUCCUUCUACGUUAAAGUCGGGGUUCGUAAAGCCGCCGGCGAUAAACCUGAAAUGCUCGCCGUCGGAAGCAGCGAUCGCUGCGCCGUUCUCUUCCCCACAGACGAGAGAUUCCUUUCGAACCCAUCCGCAAGCUCCACCCCACCGGAGACCGACUCACUACCCAGCACCCCAAACUCCACCCGCUCCGGCCUCCUCCGCCGCACCAACUCAGGGGCCGGCCUGUCCGGCCGACUCGAAGACACCAUCCCCAUCUACCAGUCCGGUACUCCUCUAGUCGAAGGCCACGCCAAAGAAGUUUCAGCCGUAUCCUGGACCGUCGACGGCGAACUCGUCACGGUCAGCGAUGACUACAGCGCGCGUUGCUGGCGGGAAGGCCCCGAAGCUCGGGAUCUCCGUACAAGCGGAGAGACCGAGGGCAAGAGGUGGCGCUGCGGCUGGGCGCAAACGCAAGACUCGUAUGACGACGAAGACGAAUGAAUUCCUGAUUUCCUUGACCUACCUCUUUAUUUUGAACGUUGAACUCUUCCCAGCGCUUUCACACAUUCUUGUUUCCCUGCUCGUGUCGUGCAUUCUAUGGUGUUUAGGCCUAUAUCAAGGUGUAUGUGUUUUAGCGGGUGUUUUUGUUCAUUUGGUUUGUCCUAUUCCUGUUCUUCGAGAACCUGUUAUCAUGCUGUUCUCCUUUAUGAAAGCGUGUUGUUUGUUGUAAAGCGGAGGGCCGCGGGAGAGGAGGUUUUGUUUCGGGUAGUUGAGGGGUGCGUACAACCUGCUGUCGAUAAUGAAAGCU